AUGGCGACGGGCAGCAUCUCCGCGUUUCGCUUCCAUUUUGGACGAGUCGACAUGAAAAUGCGGUAUAUCGAGACCGAGCGCUACAGGCUGGAACGAAACGCUCCCUGUGUUCGCGGAGCGAUCGACUCCGCAGCCAAUACCAACCUGGUAUACUGGGCAGGUCACUUGCUCGCACUGAAAGAGAUAGCGCUACCCUACGCGGUCGAUCCAGACACUCUUGCAACGCUCAAGUACGAUCCCUUUGGGUCCCAGGUCUGCUCCAGAACCUUCACUGCUUAUCCAAAAAUCGACCCCUUCACCAAUGAGCUUGUUGUGUAUGGCUAUGAAGCAACAGGCCUUGCUAGCCUGGAUGUGGUCACCUACACGCUUGAUUCCAAUGGGACCAAAGUCGAGGAAGAGUGGCUUAAGGCGCCGUGGAGCCGGUGGGCACCACUGGGCGUGGAACUACAGGCGCCCCGGCAGCCUUCAUCGUUGUGCCUCGGCGGAAAAGCACGAAGCGCCCUUCUAUUUGGGACGCAGAUGAAAAAUGUCGGGUUUAUCAAUGGCAAAACUGCAUGCCUCUUCGCACAGCCGGAGCCUGGGAGGCGGAGGAGGACGGUGGCAUUAAAAUUUGGGUUGAAAGUUCCCGCGUCCUUGGGAAUGCCUUUCCAUUUUUUCCCGCCCGAUGAUGGCCGCACACCAGCUACAGACGCGAAGUGCGAUUUCGUUCGCUGGGAACUGGAUCUCAAUGCCCCUUCCCGCUCUUCCGUACCGGAUCCGCGGGUGAUCCUCGAUCUCCCAUGCAAGUUCCCUCGCAUCGAUGAGCGUUCCUUGACCAAACAAUACAACAUUGUGUUCCUCGAUAAUCUGAACGGGUUGGCAAUGCAUGAUCACAGGAGUGGGGAAACCAGAAUUUUCUGUCCUGGAGAUAACUGUGCCGCACAAGAACCAGUCUUUAUUCCAAGAAGCGAGGACGCUCCGGAAGGGGAUGGAUGGGUCCUCGCGAUGGUGGAGCAAAAGGCUGCUAACAGAUGCGAUGUCGUUGUCCUCGACACAGCCCAAUUUGAAAAGCCAAUUGCAGUUGUGCAGCUACCGUUCCACGUCAAAGCACAAGUACAUGGAAACUGGGUGGACUCCACUCGGCGAAAAGGCACUCAAGAGCAAGGCCUUGUGCACGAACCGGAUGAGAAGCCCAUUAGUGGGAGGGGAGCCUUGGCGCCUGUUAUUUAG